GCGCUGACAACGGAGAGUGGUGUGGUUCGUCCGCUUUGUGUUUCUGACGUUUAACUGUUUCGCUUGCGACAUAAAAACUUUAUAAUAAACAUAGAAAAGGAUUUAGUUAUAAUAAUAGGUUUCGUAAUGACUACGGAAAAAGUGCAUGUGCCUGUUUCAAAGAUUAUCCUCGACAUUGUUUUGAUUCAGUGCGUUGGAUGGCCGAUUUUAUUUUUGUUUCUCUACGGAACCGCCUUUCACCGAGGGUUCUUCUGCGAUGACGAAGACUUAAAACAUCCAUUCCACGAAUCCACUAUUCCAAGCUGGUCUUUGUAUAUUAGUGGAUUGGGACUGAAUGUUUUAGUGAUGACAUUGACUGAAUGGUUGAACCCUCCUCCUGAAAACAGGGAAACAAUAAUAAAGGGCUUUAAAAUCCCCAACUGGCUGGUCAACGCUUACUGCGCAAUAGGAAUAUUUGCGUUCGGCGCCUGCUGCUCGCAACUGACCACGGACGUGCUGAAGUACACUAUCGGCAGAUUCCGGCCUCAUUUUUUGAACGUGUGCGAACCUGACGUUUGCAAAGAUGUGCACAGUCCCAAUUAUAACAUUUACCAUGUCGACGAUUACAAUUGCACCAACCCGAUGUACAGGAAUAACAAACGAAUUAUGAAGGAAAUAAGACUAUCAUUUCCCUCAGGACAUUCUUCGUUCUCCCUAUAUUGUAUGUUAUAUUUUGCAAUUUAUUUGCAUAGAAGAAUGACUUGGGACAGAUCAAAACUAUUAAGGCACAUGCUGUCUUUCUUGGCAGUACUAUACUCCCUAUUCAUUGGAAUGACACGUGUAUCUGACUACAAACAUCACUGGAGCGACGUGCUGACUGGGUUUGCUAUCGGAUCAUCCAGUGCUAUAAUUACAGCCAGAUGUUUUUCGAAUCUUUUCGCCGACAGACCGAAUAAUAAAGAAAUUACAGAACUGAAUGGAAGCAAUAUGAUAAACAUAUAAAUGUGUAUAUGUUGUGUUUAACUAUCUGUUUUUCUAGCCCUAUAAGAAAUGACCAGAACUCGUUCUAAUCCUAAGUAUUAUUUAUUGUUAAUAACGAUGAUUACUGCCGAAUUUUACUAGGUAGAAUUUAAUAGACUAAAGUUAAAAAGCUUUAUUUGUAAAGCCCAAUUACCUACAAUGAAUUUUU